AUGUCGACAUCGAUUACGUCUUCGUCGAAGUCCACGACCUCUACGGCCUCCACGACAAAAGCGAGCCUAGCUACCCCCUCCGAGUUCCGUGUCUGCAGUGGAGACACUUCUUCUACCGAUGGUGUUCAGCAAAUCCUGGACCAAUCAGGUGCUGUGGACUGGUUGGAUAUUAUGCUCAUCAGCUUGCCGGAUGGAGAAAAGGACUGGGUCAACAAACUCUGGGAUACAGUCUUCCACAACGACGGGGUGUCCCCCUUGACCGGUUGUGGCGAGAUUGGAAGCGAUUGCAACCCGAAGACUGCAUGCUCCGACUACCCACAGGCGAUGGCGUAUUGGGUAUUCAGAACGGUCGGUAUCCUCCACAGCAAGGUCAACACUGUGCGGUCCAAUUUACUCUGGACUGGCUGGCUGGAUGGUCUCUCGAUUGACCAAAUCGGUGAAGACUUUACUCCCCCGGUUCCUGAUACCUCGUGGGUGGGCUGGAUUGCAGCCUGUUUCACAAUGGCUGGUGGUGCCGCUACUGCAGUCGACGCCAGCGUGCCUCUCGUUGGUAUGUUGGGUAUGGCGAGUGGAGCGAUGUCCGCGGUAAGUAUGGAAAAGGGUGAUGACUCUCACGUCGAUACCACCUCGGUACAAAAUACGCUUAAGAAUAUCGUCGGUGCGGCUGGUGAAGAGGUCGCCAAUAUUCUGCAAAAGGCUACUGGUAAUGCGGACCCAGAGACUCUCCCGAUUUAUACCUACACAAUGUACCAGCAUGCCACCUCCCGAUUCUUUGCCGACAGCACCCUUCUUCUCGAUGAGAACAAGGACAAUUCGUCUUUUGCUUCGACCUAUAGCUUGUUUACUGAUAAUCUGGAAAAGAAGCUCGUUGAUGUGGCCCUCAAAACGGCCUGGUACCUUCUUCUUGCUGAUACCGAUAUAUCCGAAGACGACUGUACGGACACCGGUUACCUUUGGCUCGAAGCCCAGAGCGACCAGUACUAUUGCUUCUACUGGACCGUUGCGGCGGAUACUCGCUAUUGCGAGGAUGAUGACCCGACAACUUGUGAUUCUCAUCAGUGGAGUAGCCAAUCCCAGUUUGAUGAAAGCUUCUACUCAAAGCUCGAGAAAUAUGGCUUUGACCUCAAGAGCUACUAUACUUCUUUGAUUGACUGCAAAGUGAAUGGCAAUGGCGAGAGUGACACGAAAACCUACAUCAAUGGCGCCCCUCGGUGCUUCUACAACAACUUUGUCCGAACCGGACAUUGGAAGACGGAUUAUGGUGGCCCACUACUCUCACUUGACUCAGACCUUGGUUCAUGA